CCGCCUCUGGGUGGAGAUUUAUGUGAUGGAUGGACCCCUCCCGAGCUUGUUUCACAGACUCUCAGCUCGCGUCCCUCGCCACCUCCACGCAGCCUCUCGCUACAUGGAUACGACUGUACCGUCCGACUCACAGCGUUUCUCCAGCUAUAGUCACAUAAAGAGCUCAUAUUUUGGGGAUUUCUAUUCGCAAUUUAUAUAUUUCUAAAAAAGAAGGAAACGUGGCAGUUUUUUCCUAUCAGAUUUCGUAUCUUUUGGAUCACGCUUAUGAUUAUUUUCCAUCAGGAAAGUUUCAACUUUGGUAGGCUAUAUUUGUUUUUCACCGCAAAUUGAAAUAACGAUCCUAGCGAGAAUGAUCUAACAACUGAUGUUUAUGAGGCCUUUUAAAAUGGGGAAAGAGGAGGACACUCACAUGGUGUUACUGUCUUAUAAUCGGUAAAGUUUAUGUAGUAAAUGUAAAUGUAGUAAAGUCAACAAGGGCUAGGGUUAAAGUUUAGCGUUUGUGUGGUAAAGAAAUAAAGAAGAUAAAAGAACAUUUUCCACAACUCCCCUGACUGAUCCAAGGGUACUCCUCAACAGCUGGUUCUAGUUACACAAGUGAAGCUGUGACCCAUCAGUCACCAUGGCAACCAGCCUGACCUGUGCAGGGGUUGUCUGGACUCUCCUCUCUCUGGCCUGUGCGGCAGCAUCCUGUGUGGGCUUCUUCAUGCCGUACUGGCUACUGGGAUCCCAGAUGGACAAGCCCGUCUCGUUUGGCACCUUCCGGCGGUGCUCGUACCCGGUGCGGGAUGAGGCUCGCCAGGCCACGGUCAUGCUGGAGCAGUGUGGGCGCUACGCCUCAUUCCAGGGCAUCCCCAGCCUGGAGUGGAGGAUCUGUACGGUGGUGACAGGGACAGGUUGUGGCCUGCUGCUCCUGGUGGCCCUCACAGCUCUCAUGGGAUGCUGCAUAUCAGACCUAAUCUCCAGGACCAUCGGACGCGUGGCCGGGGGUGUACAGUUUAUUGCAGGUCUGCUGAUCGGGUCGGGCUGUGCACUCUAUCCUCUGGGCUGGGACAGUGAGGAAGUCCGACAGACCUGCAACAACACAUCAGACCAGUUUGAUCUGGGGAGCUGUGAGAUUGGCUGGGCUUAUUACUGGACAGGCGCUGGGGCAGCUGGUUCCAUGCUGUUCUGUACCUGGAUGUCCUGUUUUGCUGGGAAGAAACAGAAGCAGUACCCCUACUAGAAGACCAAGAUGGAGGAAGGAGAUGGAGGAGUACCCCUACUAGAAGACCAAGAUGGAGGAAGGAGAUGGAGGAGUACCCCUACUAGAAGACCAAGAUGGAGGAAGGAUAUGGAGGAGUACCCCUACUAUGACCAGUGUCAAGUGGGGACCCCUUCUAGAGUAGCCAACUGGGGGCUGAGAGUUAGAAAACAUCCCUGUCUAGGGUUACCAGACAAAUUAGCAUACUGCUCCCUACAGAUGACGCUAUGAUUGACAAGCCUGUGGUCCCUAAUCUGAAGCAGUGAACCCUGGGAGUAGGGGGAUAUUUGGAAUACAUCAGAGGUGGUGGGAGGAUGGAGGGAGUAAGAAGAGGAGAAACAGAAGGAGGGGGAGUGGAAGAGAAACUGAAGGAGGAAGUGGAGAAGAAUAGACAAGUCUACAGGAGGGAGCUGCUCUAUUUCUUCACAGGACUGUGAGGAUAACUAAUGGCUACAGGCUACAGAUACAAAACAACCAAAAGCACAAAAUUGUGUUCUGCACUGAUCAUCAUGGGACAUUGGUCAUCUGACAAAGACAGAGAAAAAACUGUACAAGACAACAUGACUGAAUGCUCUCUGUUCUUCCUGAAUGAGUAAUAUUUAUGUAUCUACUUAAAUACACUCAGCUCCUUUCACGUGUGGCUCAUGUCUACUGACAGACCACAGCAGAGAAUUACUGUUAGGACUUUAUUACCAGACAACAUGACUUAAACCUUCAGAAGGAGUGAAGGUUUGAAAAAUGUUACCUCUUUGCAACCGGUAGUUGUCUAUCCGAUCCCACUCUGUUGUGGAUGGUCUUCAUUGAAAUUAAUGACACCAAGAGCAAUGUAACAGAGUGCAAAAAGUCUUUACUUUUAGGAUUUCAGUACUAGACAUCCUAAAGUACUGUUAGGACAGUAGUACCACAUAUUUAACAGUAAAUAAAGUGUUACCAUAAUUUCUUUAAAAAUCUUGCUAUUUGGUAGUUAACCUUAUUCUUCGUAUAUGAUCAACGAAUGGACGAAUCUCAACCAUGUACUGAGCUAUUUAAAGAUUCUUUAUCUGUUAAUUUCUGGUGGUUGUUUUAGUGGUAGUGUGGCCCUGUGAUAAAGAAGAAAAUAGUAAUACUUGAAUUGGUAUUGUAGAGUUUUUCUGUAGUCCAGUGCUUUUUGGACUUGUUUUCUGACCCUAAACCUGUCGUAAAAUCUUGAUUAGAAUAAAGCUAUCCAAAAUAGCCCUCUUCAUAAAGAAGGCCUGCUUGUAUCCAAAAAGCCUGAUAAUAGUUUUUAGACAUAUUCUCUUAGCUAGUCGGUAUAAUGAGUUGUGUAUGAUAAUGUAUACUUGAUGAUAUUAGCUCAUGUUUUGUAUACACAUUAACAGGUAAGUCUUUAUUGUUAAAUAAAUG